CUCUAAAAGGACCACCUUCCCUCUCAAAACUCCAAAACCACGCGAAGAAGAAAGCGAAAACUCGGCAACACUCAACAAUGGCGGACCAACUGGACAUGUCUUUGGAGGACAUCAUCAAGAAAAACAAGAAAACCGGGGGUUACAAUGGUAAUUCUGCAACCAGAGGCAGAGCCGGAGGAGGAGGAGCAGCUAGAGGCCGUGGUGGCUCUUCUUCUGGUCCUGGUCCGGAGCGUCGCUUUCAGAACCGCAAUCCGGCCAGAACGACGCCGUACUAUACUGCUCUACAUCCGCUUGCGCGCUUCAGGGGACGAAUGCUGAUGCAACCAUUGGGAGUGAGUGGACAGUCUGACGUCGAGAAGAGCACCAAAUUAUAUGUAUCAAACUUGGAUUAUGGGGUUUCUAACAGUGAUAUCAAGAUCCUCUUUUCUGAUGUUGGCGAGUUGAAACAAUAUUCAAUCCAUUAUGAUAGGAGUGGAAGAUCGAAGGGAACAGCAGAAGUUGUCUUUGCUCGUCAUGGAGAUGCUGUAGCAGCUAUCAACAAAUACAACAAUGUUCGGCUUGAUGGAAAGCCAUUGAAAAUUGAGUUUGUUGGAGGGCUCGUGGAUGCUCCAACUCUUGUACCUCCAACUAGAAAUAACAAACUGGAAAGAUUCAACGGUUCCAUCAGAAGAGGAAGACAAGCUGGCUCUAGGGAAUUGACUCAUGGUAAUUUUGGCCAUGGAAAUUUAAGGGGUCGUGGACAGGGAAGAAACCAACAUGAAAGGGUGACAGUAGAGGAUCUGGAUGCUGAGUUGGAGUGCUACCGUCUGCAAUCUAUGCAGAUAAGCUAAAAUCUUAUGCACUUUCUCGGUAAUCUUUUCUUGAAUGAUACAAUUUGAAGUACACUGAUUUUCACCUAUUCUGGUUUGUCUGGAUGGGAAAAAAGUGUCACUUGCAGAUAGUAGUACAUUAGUAAAUGUGGUUAGUUCUAGAAGGAGACAUUAGACUUUAUAAUUGUAGUUUCUCCCUCAAAUUUUAACACCAUACUAUAAUUUUGGUUGGUACACAUUUCAUACACAUAUACUUGUGUGCAAGAGACAGCUCCCAUGGAAUAGCGUUAUUUUGUUCAUCACUGACAUCAACAAUAUAACUGUACAGGCAGUUGUCUUGAA